AUGAAAUCUUACGAAUUGCCCCAAGUGAUCGAAUUAUUUGCAGUAGAAAACCCUGAAACCAAGCCAGAAAUCAAGCGAGCAAGCAAACAAAAACAGGCAUUUGUUUUUCUAUCCUUUCUUAAGCACUUUAUGUCGUAUUUUACUGUUGCUUACACCGAUUUGAACACAAAUUAUCACUAA